GGAGUAGAAACUGUUAAGAAGGAAAUCGAUGAAAGUGUUUUGGGGCAAACUGGGCCCUACAAACGUCCGGAGCGGCUCCGGAAACGAACGGAAUAUUCCGGAGAGAGGAUCAAAGAGGAGAGGAUAUUUGAGGCUAAUGAGGAGGCCAUGGGAAUGGUGCUGCACAAAGACUCCAAGUGGUACCAGCAGUGGAAAGAUUUCAAGGACAACAACGUGGUUUUCAACAGGUUCUUUGAGAUGAAGAUGAAGUACGACGAGAGCGACAACGCCUUCAUCCGAGCGUCCCGCGCCGUCACCGACAAAGUCACCGACUUGAUAGGUGGAUUGUUCUCCAAGACGGAGAUGUCGGAGGUGUUGACGGAGAUCCUCCGAGUGGAUCCCUCCUUUGACAAGGAUCGUUUCCUGAAGCAGUGUGAGCGGGACAUCAUCCCCAACGUCCUGGAGGCUCUGAUAUCCGGGGAGCUCGAGAUCCUCAAGGAUUGGUGCUACGAGGCCACUUACAGCCAGCUGGCUCAUCCCAUCCAGCAAGCCAAAGCCUUGGGGCUCCAGUUCCAUUCCAGGAUCCUGGACAUCGACAACAUCGACUUGGCCAUGGGGAAGAUGAUGGAGCAGGGACCAGUUUUGAUCAUCACCUUCCAGGCUCAGGUCGUGAUGGUGAUAAAGAACCACAAAGGAGAGGUGGUGGAAGGAAAUCCGGACAAGGUGCUGAGGAUGCUCUACGUGUGGGCCCUGUGCCGGGACCAGGACGAGCUCAAUCCCUACGCGGCCUGGAGGCUCCUGGACAUCUCCUCGUCCAGCACCGAGCAGGUCCUCUGAGGAAUCCAUGCAUCCAGGGCCUUCCUGACCCUCUGGAGCUCGGAACUCGCCCCAGCCUCCUGGACUGUGGGGGGAAAAAGCCAGGCUGGGGGCUCUUGGGGGGGCUCUUUUUUGGGAGAGCGGGUGAUCCCGGUGAUCCCAAAUCCCCGGAGGAACCGGGCGGGUGUGCCCUCCCUGCCCCGUGCUUUGCUGUGUCCAAGGGUUUGUAGAGCUCCACCUCAGAGACACGGCCUGGUCCUUCUUUCGUCGUGCCUGGAGCGUUUCCCAGGAUUCCAGCGAGGUGGGAAUCGGGAGGGGGCCGUUCCGGGUCUAAUUCCCAUCUCCGGCGGCCUCGGAGCAGCCCUGGAAAAGCCUUUUUUCCACUCUGAGCUGCCACAUGUCCUGUCCAAGCUCCACCACCAGGCCUUGUGUCCCUGCCUCGCACUUUACCAGCCAAAUACAAGCAGGACUUUGCA